AUGCCUCGCCAUACUUUGUCUGAUCACCAGCUAACACGCAAGAAUUACAUGGUGAAAAAUCUGAAGCGAUUCCGUAAACAGCUGGAGAGAGAAUCUGGCAGACUGGUGGCUGCACAGUGUGACUUCUUCCCCAAAACAUUCGAACUGCCAGCUGAAUAUCACCUCUUUGUAGAGGAAUUCCGCCGAAACCCUGGAAUUACCUGGAUUAUGAAACCGGUAAGAAUUGGUCACAGGAGGUAGAGGAUUAACGCAAGAUACACACAGGACGUGCUCACAUACAUGAACUCAUAAUAUGAUCAAAUCCAUACAUACUUGUCUGUGUGCACUCAAAUAAUUAAAUGAUGGCAUACAUUCACACACAGUUUGAGCACAUGGUCACAUACAUUCACACACAGUAUGAGCACAUGGUCACAAACAUUCACACACAGUUUAAAGAAUUGGUGCUGUUUUUAACACUCCUGUCUCUUAGGUGGCCAGAUCACAGGGCCGUGGAAUAUUCCUGUUCCGGAAGCUGAAGGAUAUCAUGGAUUGGAGAAAGGUGAUGAUCAUCUCUUGGGAAUGAAAGAUCCUCGUAUUUAGAUAAACUUCUAACUCCUUCACCUCUUCCUCAGGACGGUGGACGUACAGACGACCAGAAAGAUGAAAUUCCAGUGGAAAAUUACGUGGUUCAACGUUAUAUAGAGAAUCCUUAUUUAAUUGGAGGUGAGAGGCCGGGGGCCGGCUUGUUUUAUUCACACGUUAUCAUCAUUCCAUUAGAAUUGAUUAAAGCCACACAUUCACCUGGCUGCAGUUGUUGUUAAGUCAGAUUUCUCCCCUAGCUCAGUUAUUUUGGCUUACAUAUUGUAGGUGGGUUGUCAGACAACCAGAACUUCCUGUUUAGCAAAUAAACUAAAUAAAUAUAUUUAAUGUUCUGUGAAUUAUAUUGAUCCCUUGAUGUGCCAGUAUAAUACUUCUCUGGGGCCAGGACGGACAGCUCUUUAAUGUGUUCUUGUGAUUACACUCCCGUUUCUGUCGUUUGUUCUUUGUGCAUGUUGCUCUCUCCAUGUCUGCAAUACAUACUGCUCUCACAGAGACACCGUAUCAGACAGACGUUUUCUUUCUUCUCAGGGAGGAAGUUUGACCUGCGAGUUUAUGUCCUGGUUACGUCGGUGAGAUAUAAUUUAAUUUAUUCUCGUAACUGA